AUGACUUUGGUUACUUUUGCAGCUUUGGGACUUGCCUUGUCCUACGCUAUUUCGGUGAUGUUUAAGCCCUCUGCUGACCCCCAGCAGCAGUGUUUGGUGGUGAAAGACAAAAAUGAAGUUCCGGUGGAUACCACAACUAGUCAGUUAGCUGUCAAUUCAUCCCCUCUAUGGGAUGUCUUUUUGAGCUUUUACGGCAAGGACACUCGCAGAAAUUUCAUUUCGCAUCUUUAUUAUGCUUUGGAUCAGGCGGGGAUUGUAACUUUCAGAGAUGAUCCUGCACUUGAAAAGGGUCAAGAUAUUCCAUCAGCUCUGCGUCAUGCAAUCAAACAUUCAAAGAUGUUUGUAGUUGUUAUCUCAGAGAACUAUGCUCGUUCUUCAUGGUGCCUUGAUGAGCUCGUAGAGAUCCUUAGUUGCAAGAGAACAAAGACUCAGGUUGUUCCCGUAUUUUACUAUGUUGAUCCAUCAGAUUACGACACCACAAGGGGAGUUUUGGUGUAG